UUCCGGGACAGCACGUGUGUCAUACAAACAAACAGAAACCGCGGAAGAGCGAGACUGUUGGAGAAAAUGCUGCGACGGCGGAAAGACUGUGCAGGUGUGAGAUGUCCUGAGGUCUGACGUGACGAGAUUACUGCUGCUGCCACAGCAGGAGGCUGGGUGGCAGAGACAUCAUGGCUUCACCUGACAGACAUGGAGGACAUCCGUCCACAUCAAACCCAAAGCUCUCUGUGUCUGAGGACGACGGAGAGGACCAGCCGUGUCCUGAUGAUGCAGAGAGACUGAAGCAGCAGCAGCUUCUGUGUGGAGAGGCUCUGAAUACAAAGGAGAAGUUAAGUUUCACACCUGAACUGCUGACUGAGUCUGGAAAGACUUCAUACAGGUUCAGGUGUCCUGGUCCAGGUGUGUUCCAGUGUGCUUUGACUGGACUGGUGUUUGUUGUGGCUCAGGAGGCGGAGCUGCUGUACCGGACUGUCCAAUGGGAUGAGAGCCUCCUCCAAUCAGCCGGCAAGACGGCUGCAGGGCUGCUGUUCAGUAUCGAGUGUCCUGAGAACGCUGUCUGUCAGCUCCACCUGCCGCACUGUGAAACAAAGGAUGCUCUGCUGCCUGAUGGUCUGCUGUCUGUCGUCCACAUCACUGAUGAUGGAAUGAGCAUCCUCGACCCGCAGGAGAUUACAGACACUCAUGUGGUUGUCAAAGUCCGUCACCUCUCUGCCUUUGGCCUAGUCUGGGAUAUUGUUAAGAGGUUGUGGACGACACCAGUUUGCAGCCAAGUUCUGCUGUUCCUCGGACCCCCAAACCCAGAAACACAGAGGCAAAAACUCAAAUUGUUUCUCCUGCCGAGCAACAUCCAUCUGGACGAGGUGAACAAACGACAGCAACAGCGACAUGCUGAGAACAUCGAGGUUCCUUCCACAUGCAUUCUCAUCGCAGAUGAAAGUUACACUGUCGACUGUCCUCAGGCCAUCAAAAUCCAGCCUAAGAAUGCACCUUUUAAACUGCAAUAUGGACCAAAUUACCACCCAACGUUUGAGAUCCGCCUGCCCACAAACACAGAAGAAGUGACUAUAAAGGUCCAAGACCAAAGAAAGACGGAGGUCUGGGAGCAUGCAGUUGAUCUGAAAGAUCCGGCUCUGCGUGAAGAGAAUCCAGCGAGGCCUCAGAGUGGCUCCCCACGGAGCAGGUUGGCAUCAGUUCGGUCCCAGUUCGUAGAUUCAGUGUCUGAACCUGUUCUGAACCAGCUGCUGGAUCGGCUUUUGCAACGGGGAAUAAUAAAUCAAGAAGAAAUGGAUUCAGCCAGAACCAGAACCAGGGCUGACGGGGCUGGAGCGGUGAUUGACAUGGUGCGAAACAAAGGAACAGAAGCCAGUUCAGCUCUGAUUGAGGACUUCAGUAGUUUGGAUCCACACUGUUCCCAAACUCUGAAUCUGAGCUGAAGCAGAACUGAGACUCUGCAAAGCUUAGUUUCCUUUUUAUUGGCUUCAUCGGAGGGAGAGAAUGAUUUACUUUGAUUAGAGAGGCUGCUCAGUCCUUUUGAACUUUUGCACAUGCACAAAUUAAUGCCACAGCAAUUAUUGUAGUUAUAUUCUAUUUAGUGUUUCAUGUUCAUGAGUCCCUGCAGGCUUUUUUUCUUUGGAACAAUAAAGUUGAAAUGAUCAAGAAA